GGUGAUAUUGAGCAAGUAAGCAAUGACAGAUACAAGAUCAAUGACAAGAUCCACCAAGUUAACAAUGCGUCCGUCCGAAUUACUGAAUUACCAAUUCGUGAGUACAAAGAAGAUCAUACAACAACCACCGUAGAAUUUACGGUAAAACUAUCGCAAACAAGUCUUAGAGAUUCUUUAGAAGAAGAAGGAUUUGAGAAACGAUUCAAGAUGAGCACGACCAUCGGAACGUCGAACAUGGUGUGUUUCGAUGGCAAGGGUCGUAUUCGAAAAUAUAAUUCUUCCGAAGAAAUUCUUCAGGAAUUUUACACAUACAGGCUCGAAUACUAUGAGAAGAGGAAGGCUCAUAUGAUAAAUAUACUUGAAGCCGAAGUUAUCAUGAACAAGAAUAAAACCAGAUUUAUUAAAAUGAGGGCUGAUAAUAGUCUUAAAUUUGAAGGCCUUUCGCUGUGGAAACUUGGUAAAGAAAACGAGCAAAAAAUCUUGAAGAUGAAAGCCGUGAAAGAAAAAGAACUUAGAGAUCUUAGAAGGAAAACACCUCAACAGUUGUGGAUAGAAGAUUUAGAUUGUUUUAUUGAAUCUUGGGAUAAUAUUCUAAGCCAAAAACAAUUUAUAACAAUGGAAGUCCAAGUGAAACCUGCUGAAACUAUUGAAAUUUCGCCGAAAUCAAAGAAACGAUCAUUAUCUAUUGAUGAAUCAUCUGACGACAAAGUGGGAAAGAAACGACCAUUACUCAUUGAAUCGGUUGAUAACGCGAGAGAAAGAGAAGAUAGAACCUUGAUAAAAGGAAGAAACGAGAAUGUUAUAUCUACGCCCGUUAUUGUUGACGACGAUGAGUAUGUGGAGUCUGAGGUGGUCUCAGAGAGACCUAACAAACGUCCUCGUCAAUCAACUGCAAAGCAAAUAAAUUAUGUGGAAUUAUCUGAUGGAAAAAAAACUUAG